CCAUUUUAAGCUUUCUGGCAGAGGCAGUCAGGUUUUCAUUUAAUAUCUGUUCAUAUUUGAUAGAGUCCAUGAUGACAUGGAUCCUAACAAAAUGUCCAGGUCCUCUGGCAGAAAAACAGCUCCAAAACAUUGAAGAGCCAACACCAUAUUUAACCGUGGGCAUGAGGUACUUUUCCAUAUGGCUACCUCUCUGUGUACACCAAAACCACCUCUGGUGUUUAUUGCCAAAAAGCUCUAUUUUGGUUUCAUCUGACCAUAGAACCCGAUCCCAUUUGAAGUUCCAGUAGUGUCUGACAAACUGAAGACGCUUGAGCUUGUUUUUGGAUGAGAGUAGACUUUUUUCUUCAAACCCUUACAAACAACUUACUCAUAACAGUUGACUGGAACUUCUUAAUUAUUGCCCUGAUGGUGGAAAUGGGCAUUUUCAAUGCUUGUGCUAUUUUCUUAUAGCCACUUCCCAUUUUGUGAAACUCAACAACCUUUUGCUGCACAUCACAUCACAGCUAUAUUCCUUGGUCUAACCCAUUGAAUUUGGUCUGUGUGUUACCUCAUAUUUAUACCCCUGUGAAACGGAAAGUCAAGGUUGAACAAUUUCCUGUUCCAAGUCACCCAAGCGUACAAUUUCUUUUAAAUAUAUCUUUCUCAUAUGAAUUCACAGGGGUGCCAAUAAUUGUUGCACACCUACAUUUAACGAUAUUUUUUUUCAUAAACCCGUGUUUUGUUUUCAAUUGUUUGAUAUCCACGAGAGCAGAGUAUUUUAGAGAAUUUUUUUUAACAAAAGAUCAAAAGGUUCAACCAUAAAGAGAUUUUUUUUUUUUCCACAGCCUUCUUUGCUCAUAUUCACCAGGGGUGCCAAUAUUAGUGGAGGGCACUGUAUGCGCGCGCGUGUGUGUGUAUUAUGAAAGUGAAACUGUUAAAAAGCAUGAGAGGAAGAAACCCGGUCCAUCCAACAACCAGUGUCAAGUAAACCAUUACGUCGUUGCAAUAAAAUCUCAUGAAUAAAGAAAAUAUUCUCCACAAAUAAUAAUAAGAGUUAUAAUCUUGCAGUACACUUCCUCGAUGAACGCCUUCAUUCCGCGACACAAUUUCUGCGCAUGCGCAGUUGCAUUUUCCGCGCAGAAGGGUCGCGAACUCUGACCUCCCCGAGGCGAAGCGAUUUCGGAAAAAUUGAUCAAAAACAUCGGAUUUUUGAGUGAUUCAAAUAUCGAGUGAAACGGUUGUGCAUCGUAGGACUUUGUGUGUGUGUGUGUGUGUGUGUGUGUGUGUGUGUGUGUGAUGGGGAGUUGCAUUUAAGCCCAAGCGGUGUGCGGGGUCAUCAUGGCAGGAGAAAGUCCCAGAAUUCAGCUGGUGUCAGCAGAAGGAGGUCUGCAGAUCGUGACAGACCAGCAGCUGGGUCAAAAGCUCCAGAUAGUAACGGCGUAUGAUCAGGCAGGAGCCGGCAAGCAGCAGUUCAUAUUAGCCAACGUGGAUUAUCCCAAUCAGGACAAACUUCUCCUAAAGCACGAGAGCUCACCAGGGAAAGUCAUCCUGACUUCAGCUGAUGGCUCAGCUGUCAAUCAACUGCUCUUCACAUCACCUGAUCUGGCAGGUCAGCAGAUCCAGUUUGUCACCGAGGGAACAGACCAAAGCUCUGUUAAGCCUGUGGUAGAGUACUGUGUGGUGUGUGGAGACAAAGCUUCAGGUCGUCACUAUGGGGCAGUGAGCUGUGAAGGCUGCAAAGGCUUUUUCAAGCGAAGCAUCCGCAAGAACCUUGUGUACACGUGCCGCGGUUCAGGAGAGUGUGUGAUCAAUAAGCAUCACCGCAACCGCUGCCAAUACUGCAGACUGCAGCGCUGCAUGGCUCUCGGCAUGAAACAGGACUCCGUGCAGUGCGAAAGGAAGCCAGUGGAGGUGACGAGGGAAAAGCCGGCCAACUGCGCCCCCUCCAUCGAGAAGAUCUACAUUCGCAAGAACCUCUGCAGCCCCCUGGCCGCCUUGCCCACCUUCGUCAACGAGAAAGAGACCGCCAGGUCCACCAAUGUGUUAAACUCCAACAUGCUUCUGAACAUCCAGCAGUCUCUGUCCAAGUUAGACAACACAAUCCUCAUCCCCUCCUCACCAGACCUGAAUGACGAAUCUCAGGGUGAUCUCAGCACGCUGGCGAACGUGGUCACGUCUCUGGCCCACAUGAGCAAGAGCCGCGAGGCGACGGACAACAGCGCCGACCACUCGGGACUGGAGAGCAUGAGCACUGAGGGUGGCUCUGUGACCGAUAUCCAACCGGACGAGCAGAAUUCCAGCGAAAUCACUCAAGCCUUCGACUCGUUGGCCAAAGUUCUGCAUCCAGACGAUGGGAACAGUUACACCGUAGAGGGGAGUGUUUCGGAGGAGCAGAGCGCCACCAUGCUGGAGUUGGAAGGGCCAUUGCUUUCUGACAUGCACGUGCCUUUUAAGCUGAUGAUGCCCUUGCCUGUGCCGGAGUUCCUUAAUUUGAACUACAUCUGUGAGUCGGCCUCUCGCCUGUUGUUCCUAUCCAUGCACUGGGCACGCUCCAUUCCCGCCUUCCAGGCUCUCGGGCCAGAGAACGGGAUCACUCUAAUAAAGGCGUGUUGGAAUGAGCUGUUUGCUUUGGGCUUGGCUCAGUGUGCUCAGGUCAUGAACGUGGAGAUGAUCCUCAGUGCCAUCGUCAGCCACCUGCAGAGCAAUCUGGAAGAAGAGAAACUCUCGGCGGAGAGAGUAAAGCAGGUGAUGGAGCACAUCUGGCGAAUGCAGGAGUUCUGCAACAGCAUGAAUCGUGUGAGCCCUGAUGCUUAUGAGUACGCCUACCUCAAAGCCACGGUCCUCUUCAGCCCAGAUUACGCUGGAAUGGACAGCACUCUUCAGAUCGAGCGCUUCCAGGAGAAGGCGUACAUGGAGCUGCAGGACUACGUCAGCAGGGUGUACCCAGAAGACACUUAUCGUCUGUCGAAGUUGCUGCUCCGUUUGCCCGCUCUGCGUCUGAUGAGUGCCGCCGUGACCGAGGAGCUGUUCUUCGCCGGCCUCAUUGGGAAUGUCCAAAUCGACAGCAUCAUUCCCUACAUCCUCAAAAUGGACUCCACCGACUACAACAGCCAAUCAGCCGGCACCACGGAGUGACUCCAGCCCCAUCCACAAACACUCCAAUCAGCCUCAGGGCCUCAGUGCCUGCUGACUGACUGCACCCUCAUCUCGCUGCCCUAAAAGUGACCUUUUAACUCUAACGUACAAAAGAAGCAGCCAAUACGCCAUGGCCUUUACACCGCACGGAUGUAGAAGGUCAACGUUUUACAAGCUGUUGCACGAUGAAGACUGAGGAUGUUGUCAUUUGGAUCGCAGCUGCACUUUUCUUUGUUUCAGAUGAUGGAUUUGUGGAAGCAGAGUGCUUGCUUGGACAGGUUCAUUUAAAGGAAGUAGCUGAAGAUGUGUGAACAGUGAAAGGACUUAAUUGAAGCUUUAUGUUGCUGUAUGUACAUGAAUUGUGUAUAUAAAUGUAAUAAAUGUCACUCUUAUACAGAGAUAUUUACGCUCCUGCUGUCUUUGCAGUAUAAUCACACUAAAAUCAUGCCUAAACUAGUGGCACUGUGCUGCUAUUGAUGAAACACGCCUUGCUGAAUCAUUUGUGCAUCUGGAUGAAAAGUUCAACUAAGGAAUAAAACACGAUGUGGUGUCCUGUUGUAGGAAAUAAUCAACAACAACAACAUUUCCAAUAACGGCAUUUUCUGAAGUGUUUUAUUCCUCUCAUAACAUAGCAAUUUACUAGUGUUUUUUUUUUAUUAUUAUUUAUGUAAGAACAUGAUUUUAAUCACGUUCUAUGUUGUAGACUGUCCACGAGACAACUUCCUAUUAUCAUUAAUAUUAUAGCAGCUCUAAACGGUUGUUCCCUCACCAGCCUCUCCUUUUCU